UCUCUCUCCUCUCAGCUUUCCGUCGUCGAUUCACGUUCCCCCUCGCUUUUCCACGAUCAAUGAUCUAUCUAUUGUAUCAAUUUUUUUUUUCUAAUUUUGUUUUGUUUUCUCAUAAAUCCAUUUACUGAAGAUACGAAAUUUCUGGACGGGGACCUGCAGUGAAAAAGAAGCAAGAGAUCAAUUUCUGGUUUGAUUUCUUGCUGCUAAGGUUGAUUCGGAUAUGGGGUUGUAGUACUAAUACCUGAUUGGAGUUGUUUAAGGAUUUUGUAAAAGAAGAUUGGGCUUUAGACUAUGUACGGGAGAGCGGGUCUAGAUCGUUUCAAGAAAGCCCAGUCUUUGGAGCCUUUCUCAGUUACAGGUAAUUCUGCGACUAAAUCAGCCACACCACCAGUUUUCAGGACACCUGCCUAUCCUACGGCAGCUUCAGUUACUCAAGCUCAUGGAUCAUAUCCACCGAGUCAAUAUCCAAAUGAUCAGAAUUCGGUGCAAAAGACACUGGCCCCUGAUGUGGCACCUGCUACAAUGCCAACUCAGCAAGUAACCCAGGUUGGAGGAGGCCAGUCAACGUGGCAGCCUCCUGAUUGGGCAAUUGAGCCACGUCCUGGUGUUUAUUAUCUCGAGGUUGUGAAGGAAGGGGAGGUUCUUGACCAGAUUAAUUUGGAUAAGAAGAGGCACAUUUUUGGUAGGCAGUUGCAUGCCUGUGAUUUUGUGCUUGACCAUCAGUCUGUCUCACGGCAACAUGCAGCUGUGGUUCCUCAUAAAAAUGGCAGCAUAUACGUGAUUGAUUUAGGGUCUGCACAUGGUACAUUUGUUGCCAAUGAACGAUUGACCAAAGAUUCCCCUGUUGAGCUAGAGGUUGGGCAGUCGCUGCGAUUUGCUGCUUCAACCAGAACUUACAUUCUGAGGAAAAAUAAUGCUGCUCUUUUCCCUCCACGAAAACCCAUGGAGAUUAAUUUACCGCCGCCUCCUGAUCCCUCAGAUGAAGAAGCAGUUUUGGCUUAUAACACUUACAUCAAUUGUACUUUGAAUGGAUUGAAAAGACCCAACACAUUAUAUGAUUCAACUGAAUCUCUAGAUAUGAAAAGUACUGAGAGAGCACCUAAGAGAAUUAGAAGAACAAAAGUGGCAUUUAAGGAUCAGGUUGGGGGAGAGCUGGUUGAAAUUGUUGGAUUUUCUGAUGGAGCUGAUGUAGAGACAGAACCGGGUCCAGUCGGUGUGAAAGAAGGAAGUCUUGUUGGGAAAUAUGAAUCCCUUGUACAGAUUACGGUAAUACCAAAAGGGAAGGAACAUUCUUCUGUGAAGGAAGCCAUUGUUCCUAAAGCAGGCAUGACAGAGAAACUAAAACAGGUUCUGGACAAGGUCAAAGCUCCUGCAAAGAGUGGUGGAAUAUAUGAUGAUCUUUAUGGAGAAUCAUUUUCAACCAAAGUAGGUUCUUCUUGGGCAUAUACAUCUGUUGAAUCUGGUGGUAGAGAAGCUUCUCCGACUAAAAUUGGAGGAAAUACCCCUGGCAGUGAACACGAAAAGUCUGAAAGUCGUUCUGGCAACAAUGAGGAUGAUAAUGAUGAUGAUCUUUUUGGGUAGGACAUGACAUCCUGCCAAUGGAUAUGUCUUGUUGUACUUUUGCAUCUAUUCCGUUUCAUGUCACUUGACACAAUGGUGUUGAACCUUUAGGUUGGUUUAACUUCAUACAAGUGAAUUUUCAAUCUGUACAAGUUGGACAAAUUUGAAAUGGAAUCGUUAAAUAUUGGAACCUAAGUUUUUAUGCUUGAUCCAUAACUUGUAUGCUAAACAUUGUUUUUUGAUAAUCUUAGGCAGGUCACAAUUUUUACAUUUAGUUAGCCAAAUUGGUGGUACAAUAUA